CCCGGUAGGCAGCCCGGCGGCCGGCGCGAUCCUGGCGGUGUCGGGGGGCGAGCGUUCCCCUGGCAACGCCGCCGCCCAUGGCCGAACCCCUGCAGCGCCUCUGGGAGGCCGCCCGCCGCCGCCGCACCACGGGGGAGGAGCGGCGGGGGACCCCCGGUUCCGGCCGCUACCGGACGCGCCGCCGGCUGAAGGCGGCCUCGGCUAGCACGGGGAGCCAAGACCCAGCGGCGGACAUGACGUCAGCAGAAAAGGAGUUUUUGGAAGGUGGCAACUUUUCUCCAAAAGCGGGCACCAGCAAGCUGCCAACAGAUGCAUCUCCUGACUCUAAGUGCCCCAUCUGCUUGGACAGAUUCGAUAACGUUGCCUACCUAGACCGCUGCUUGCACAGGUUCUGUUUCCGCUGUGUCCAGGAGUGGUCAAAAAACAAAGCAGAAUGUCCCCUCUGCAAACAGCCUUUUUUUUCCAUUUUCCAUACCAUUCGUGCUGAAGAUGACUUCAAGGAGUAUAUCCUCAGCCCUUCAGAAAACAGCUCCUUCGCCAGCCCUGACGGCCGGCGGUUCCGUUACCGCACCACCAUGACUGGGGAGCGCCGCGCGGCCGCCUCCCCCUCCCGCAGGACGCGGUCCCCUCCAGACAACGGGAUCCUGUUUGAGGGGCUGUCGAGCGAGCCGGUGCGGCAGCGGGACGGGGAGAUCCAGCAGAUGAUGAGGAGGCUGGCUUCCAGGAGGAGGGCGAGCGCGGAGGGCAGGUCCCUGCGGCAGAUCCAGGAGGAGGACAUGAUCAACUUCCGCAGGGCGCUGUACCGCACCGGCGUGCGCAUCCGCAGCAUCCAGGACGGCGGCCGCUACCGCGACAUUUCCGCUGAGUUCUUCCGCCGGAACCCCGCCUGUCUCCACAGGCUGGUUCCCUGGUUGAAGAGAGAGCUCACGGUCCUGUUUGGUGCCCACGGAUCUCUGGUGAAUAUCGUGCAGCACAUCAUCAUGAGCAACGUGACGAGGUAUGACCUAGAAAGCCAGGCCUUUGCUGAUGACUUGAAGCCUUUCCUGCUGAAUCGGACCGAACACUUCUUGCAUGAAUUCAUCAGCUUCGCGCGCUGCCCUUUUAACUUGGAAGCCUACGAUCAACAUGCCAAUUAUGACUGCCCUGCACCAUCCUAUGAUGAAGGAAGCCACUCAGAUUCGUCGAUUAUUACGAUAUCUCCAGACGUGGCAUGUACUCAAGGGCCGGAUAUUAGUUCAUCUGUGACUGGUCUUGAUCAGGCUCCAUGGGAUGAUGAGACUCCAGGGCCCUCCUACUCCAUUUCAGAAGAGGCUCGUGCAACCAUCGCUUCUCCUCUGGAGACAUCGGAGAGUUCUGAUGAGGACGCUGCAACAAAGAGUCAGAGAACCAAACUGCAGUCUGAGCCACCGGCUGAUGCUGACUCAAACGACACUGACUCUUCCUCAGACAAUUGUGUUAUUGUUGGGUAUGUUAAACCAUUAGCUGAGAGGACACCAGAAGUGGUGGAGCUGUCCUCAGACUCUGAGGAAUCCAUCAAGGAAGAGAAAGAGGAAGAUAUAAAGAAAGAGGAGACAGUCCCGAGUCACUGCUGGAGUGACAGUGAACCAAGCAGGAGCUUCUCACCGCAUUCUCCCACGUACAAGGAGGAUGUAGGUAGCUAUAGAAGCUGCUUGUCUCCUGCAGUUGAGAAGACAGUGUCAAAACAUAACGAGAAGAACAAAUUUAAGGUAAAAGAUCUAUCUCCACAGGGUGUGAUCUGGAGUCCCUCUUCAGGAAGUGACACACUGUGCUCCCCGUGGCAUCACAGGAAGGGGAAGUCCAGGAGCCCACAGUCCUGUUCAAGGAACAGUCGAAGCAGUCAUGGCCAUCGGUCUAGGAAGGAACAUCGUAGCAAAAGCCAACUUAAAAAGAGACAAUCAAGAAGCAGAGAUAGUAGCAAACAUCGGAGCAAAAAAAGCAGCAAGAGAUCAAGGGCUCAUGACACUAGAGUCUCUCUAAAGAGCCACAGAGGAUCUCUGAGCCAUGAGAGCACUCCCUCCAGAGAAGUAAGCAGAUCACGAUCACGUAGCAAAGGCCACAGCAAAAGAAGAUCAAGAAGCAGAGACAGUGAUCAUUACUAUGUCAGGGACAGUUACCAGAGCAGAUACCAGUGGGGUUAUGCUUUCUGUAGUCGAAAGACAUUUGGAGAUGGCUAUGAGUCCUCCAGCAGGAGGAGAACUCAGUCUAGUACUCUCUAUUCUGCUAGUCCAGAAUACAGGAUACGGUCGUUUAUUGAAAGGACAGACCCACACAGCCAGAGAGGGGUCCAUGAGAGACACUAUUACUGCUAUGAAAGGUGCAGGUCUAGGAGUCGAUCAAGCAACAGGUCAAGGACACCUUCUGGAGGAAUUGACAGAAUGAAAAGUGAAAAGCCUGGAGGAAAAAGGAAGUACAAAACUCGCCACUUAGAGAACACGUUCAUGGAGAGCACAAGUCUAGAGAGGGAAAAUGACCCCAAGAAAACUUCCUCAAAAUUCAGUGACUGCUGCAAAAAUGAAGAUAGCCUUUCAGACAAUCGAGCAAGCAGUGAGACAAAGCGUAAGAAAAAGAAAAAAAAGAUGAGGAGUCCAAGUGUGGAGAUAGUUUAUGAAGGAAAAGCAACAGACACAGCAAGACAUCUUAAAAAGAAAAAGAAAAAACAUAAGAAGAAACACCGGAAACAUCACACGAGUAACUCUGCACACUCUUCUCCAGUGGUGAUCACAAUUGAUAGUGAUAGUAGCAAGGAGCCUGAAAGCACUGAAUACGACAGCACUGUUACUUGGACAGGCACAACUCGGAUAAGUAAGGGGGAAAAUGAGUCCCCAUCUUCUUUACUGGGAAGGACAGGAUGUGGAGAUGUUUACAGAGCUGGUGAAGAAACUGGGGAACCAGCCAGUGAGAGCACUGUUCCUGCCAGGAGGGAAGUCCUAGAUGGAGAUGUCAGAAAUGCUGAUGGUGAACCUGGAGAAGCUGUGGCUUAUCAGAGUCUUCCCAUGGUGGAUGCUGGCAGCAGCACGCCUCACACAGAAACUGUCAACAGUUACGUUCCAGAAGCACCAUCAGCACCUUCCAGUCCACUGCCUUCCCCCAGGACUUCCUUUUUAGAGUGUCCAGAGAGACAACCAUUAAUACUCAGACUUCCAAAGAGACUUGUCAACAGAUCCUCCUGGUUUGAUUUCCCGGAAGAAGAAAUGUAGCAUGGUCUCCACGAACACUUCUUAAAAUUAAGAUUUUGUUUUGACUAUCUUUUUCAGGAAAAAACCACCUGUUAAUCUUAAUAGACAUAUGGGGAUUAUGUGAAACCUUUGAAUGUGUAUGCACUUUUAAGUCAAAGAAGAUAGAAUAUUGCUAGCACAUACCUUGUAAAGUUUUUCAGAAGUCUGUAAGUUCUAAUUUCGCAAGGCCAUUCUGUUUUGUUGUGGUAUGCAAAAUUUAUUCACAGAAUACUUUAAAGUUUUGUUUAAAAUAAACCACAAAAAAAUGACCCCAAAACAAAAGCCAGAAAAUAUUAUUUUAUGAGAACUGCCAGGAAAUUCAGGCUGAAUGUCAAUCUGCAUAAAGCAA